GGGAAGACGAUGAGACAAGUAAUACUAGCUCCUACACGUCUGUCGUGAUUAAAAUGAAUGACUCAGAAGAUAUUGGUGGUGAUUCUAGUGCUAGUCUCGGCGUAGGCAAGAAGACCUCAGUGAUUUUACCAGACGAAAUAGAGCUSCCAACACCUAAUGUGGAAUACAAGGGACUGACUGAAGAAGAAACUGGAGUUUUACAGGCUGCGUUAACGAAGUCAUUCUUCUGUAAUGUUAGCAGGAGUAUGUACGAGCAUCAUCGCUUGAUGUUUGCAACACUAGUGUUCCUUGUACUUCGUAAAGAUAUGCCUCAGAAAGAGAUAGAGAUCCUGCUUAAUAGAGGUAAAGGACUCUCUCAUGGCGUGUCUUUGUCAGACUUUGACCCUACACUAGUCAAACCCAGUUGGUUAUCAGCAGACAUUUGGGAUUCRAUUCUUGCCUUGUCCUCUUUUGAUGGCGCUCUGGAAGGGAUUUGUGCACAUAUUGCUGGUGAUCCGUCUGCGUGGAAGCAAUGGUACAACAGUCCAACGCCUGAAAACCAGCAGUUCCCUGUCAAGGAAGGGUCGAAGACACUCAAGAAUUUCGAUAAACUCUUGUUGAUUCGCUGUUUAAGACCAGAUAGAUUCAAGUCAGCCAUGCGCAUAUCAGUUAUCCAGUCCCUUAGUCAGACUAACGGUAAACGAGUCAUUAGUCUAUUAACCACGACGGUUAAACGCUGA